AUGUCAUUAAGUUCUGCGUUCAAAAUGGUUCAGGAGAGUGUGAACACUCUAUCCCGACAACUGCACGCAGAGUUUGCUGAUGUAAUGAAUGAAGUCUGGGCCAAUGACUCUGUCAAAAGUGCCGUCCUCAUCUCGUCGAAGCCGGGCUCCUUUAUUGCUGGAGCAGAUCUCAACAUGAUUCAAGCCUGCAAGACUGCUCAGGAAGUGACUCAGCUCUCUCAGGACGGCCAGAAGCUGCUGGACAAACUGGAGCGCUCUCCAAAGCCCAUAGUUGCUGCCAUCAACGGCACCUGCCUGGGAGGAGGCCUGGAGGUUGCAAUUGCCUGUCAAUACAGGAUAGCAACAAAGGAGAAGAGAACAGUGUUGGGCUCGCCUGAAGUGCUACUGGGGAUCCUGCCAGGGGCAGGAGCCACUCAGAGGCUGCCAAAGAUGUGUUUUGGUCUUUUCGGAUGCUUUCCUGCUGGGCCUUUCCAUCUUGUCCAUAACGUCUCUUUUGUUCCAGGGCCAGGCCUGAAGUCUGCAGAAGCCCGAACCAUGGAGUACUUGGAGGAAGUAGCAGUUGGCUUUGCCAGAGGACUCGCCAACAAGACUGUGUCUACCAAAAAACCCAAAGGAUUAAUUCAGAAGGUAACGGAUUAUGCCAUGGCUAUUCCGCUUGUGAGGAAGCAGAUCUACAAGACAGUGGAGAGCAGAGUUCGGAAGCAGACCAAAGGACUCUACCCUGCUCCACUAAAGAUCAUUGAGGUUGUAAAGACGGGCCUUGAUCAAGGGAAUGACGCCGGAUACCUCGUUGAAUCCCAGAAUUUCGGCCUGCUUGCAAUGACUAAGGAAUGCAGGGCACUGCUUGGCCUUUACCGUGGGCAGAUACAAUGCAAGAAGAACAAGUUUGGGGCACCUGAGCGAGAGAUCAAGACUCUGGGCGUGCUGGGAGCAGGGCUCAUGGGAGCUGGAAUCGCACAGGUUUCCGUGGAUAAAGGGCUGAAGACCAUUAUGAAGGACACGGUACAGCAAGGCUUGGACAGAGGACAGCAGCAGAUCUUCAAGGGGCUCAACGGCAAGGUGAAGAAGAAGAGUUUGACAUCGUUUGAGAGGGACUCGCUUCUCAGCAACCUGACGAGCCAGCUGGACUACAAAGGCUUCGAGAAAGCAGACAUGGUGAUCGAGGCUGUGUUUGAGGACAUCAACGUCAAGCACAAAGUGCUGAAGGAAGUUGAGGCUGUGAUCCCCGCUCACUGUAUCUUUGCCACUAACACGUCUGCUCUCCCGAUCAGCAAAAUCGCUGCCGCCAGCAAGAGGCCGGAGAAGGUGGUGGGGAUGCACUACUUCUCCCCCGUGGACAAAAUGCAGCUGCUGGAAAUCAUCACCGGAGACAAAACAUCCAAUGACACAGCUGCCUCUGCAGUUGCCCUUGGGCUCAAACAGGGCAAGAUUGUCAUCGUGGUAAAGGAUGGGCCUGGUUUCUACACCACCAGGUGUCUGGGGCCAAUGCUGGCUGAAGUGAUCCGAGUUCUCCAGGAGGGGAUCGAUCCAAAGAAAGCGGACGCCAUCUCCACGGCCUUCGGCUUCCCCGUGGGUGCCGUCACGCUCAUGGAUGAAGUGGGGGUGGAUGUGGCUGCGCACGUGGCCGAGGACCUCGGCAAGGCCUUUGGCGAGCGGUUCGGAGGAGGCAACGUCGAGAUGUUGAAGACCAUGUUGGACAAGGGCUUCCAAGGCCGCAAGGCAGGAAAAGGCUUUUACGUUUACCAGGAGGGGGUGAAGAACAGGAAUGUGAAUUCGGCCGUGGAAGAGAUCUUGAAGAGGUUCAAGGUGCAAAGCAAGCCCGAAGUCUGCUCCGAUGAGGACAUCCAGAUGCGCAUCGUGACGCGGUUUGUGAACGAGGCAGCCCUGUGCCUGCAGGAGGGGAUCCUCAGCAGCCCCGUGGAGGGAGAUAUGGGAGCAGUGUUUGGCCUGGGCUUCCCGCCGUACCUGGGAGGUCCCUUCAGGUUCACAGACUCGUUCGGAGCCAGGCAGGUGGUGGACAAGAUGCGCAAGUACGAGGCCGUCUAUGGCAGCCAGUUCACGCCGUGCCAGCUGCUCCUGGACUAUGCCAACGACACGGGCAAGAAAUUCCACCCCUGAGAGCG